AUGAAUCUGGUCCGAGAUCGGUGGGCUUGUCACAGCAUGGCCAUGGACGCAGUCCGUAAUUCCAACUCUGAGCUGGUAUAUCAUGGUAUUUCCACACGACCAAAGAGAAGGCAUGUAUUAAACACAAGCAAAUAUAGAGAAAACCCAUCUCCAUUUUUCCUAGUCCAUUCCAUUGCUAUAGCUCUGGGGAUCCACUUCAUUAUUAUGGUAAUGAUAUGCGGUGCCAUAAUCAUACAUUCAUUAUUCCACCAAGAAGCUCCACUUCCUUUACAAGAAAGUUAUUGUGGCCCAUGUCCUAAAAACUGGAUAUGUUAUAGAAAUACCUGCUACCAAUUUUUUAAUGAAAGCAAAAGCUGGUACCAAAGCCAAGCCUCUUGUGUGUCUCAAAAUUCCAGUCUCUUGAAGAUAUACAGCAGAGAACACCAGGAUUUCCUAAAAUUGGUGAAGUCUUAUCAUUGGAUGGGACUAAUACAAACGCCACCAAAUGGAUCAUGGCAAUGGGAAGAUGGCAGCAUUCUCUUACCCGACCAACUAACCAUGGUUGACAUGCAGAAUGGAACCUGUGCAGUUUAUGGAUCAAAUUUUAAAGCUUAUACAGAAAACUGUUUAACUCCAAACACAUACAUCUGCAUGCAGAGGAUUGUGUAAAAGCUGAUGAUGUAUAAAAUAUAAAAGAUUCAAACACACAGAAGCCUUUUGCCAAAUGUGCUG